AUGGACGACUACGACGAGUUUGGCAAUUAUAUCGGGCCACUCUCGGACUCUGGCUCAGAGGAGGAGUUUGUCUCGGAGCCUGGGCAGGACGUCGGCGGCGCGUCGGCGGCGGCAGCCGAGGCUGCUGUACCAGCAGAGGCGAGCGAUGCUUACGGCGACCAUGAGAUGGAUGCAUCGGCCUCGGCCAACGAUACGGCGCUGGUAAUGCAUGUGGACGAAGAUGCCUCGAAUGCCGUGGUCCUACAUGAAGACAAAAUCUACUAUCCGUCCGCCCGUGAAGUGUAUGGCGCCGACGUCGAGACGCUGGUCCAAGAAGAAGAUGCACAGCCCCUAACGCAGCCCAUUGUCGAGCCGGAGCGCAUUCGAAGUUUUGCUGUCGAGGAAAAAGGCCUGCCGGAGGUGCGCUUUGACCGACAGUUCUUGCUGGACAUGAUGCAGUUCCCAGAUAUGGUACGCAAUGUAGCGAUUGUGGGCCAUCUGCAUCAUGGCAAGACAAGCUUGGUGGAUAUGCUAGUGGAAGAGACGCACCGCGUCGAGGUCGAUGCAGAAAAGCCUAUGCGGUAUACGGACACACAUGUCCUGGAGCAGGAACGCGGCCUAUCCAUUCGUGCAACGCCUAUGUCCUUUGUCCUCCCGACGUCGCGGGGGAAGAGCUACGUGGUGCAUGUCGCAGAUACACCGGGUCAUACCAAUUUCCAGGAUGAAGUCGCAGCGGCGCUGCGUCUCGCGGACGGUGUCGUGCUGGUCGUGGAUGCCGUCGAAGGCAUGAUGUGCAAUACCGAGGCGAUUGUGCGAUACUGUGUGCAUGAGCAGCUGCCAAUGGUCAUGGUGCUCAAUAAGAUCGACCGCUUGAUUCUUGAGCUGCGUCUGCCGCCGGCAGAAGCGUACUUUAAGCUGCGGCAUACGAUCGAGGAAGUCAACCACUUGAUCGGGACACUCACAGGCGAUCCCAGCCUACGCUUUGGCCCGGAGCGUGGGAAUGUCGCGUUUGCAAGUACGCAAGUAGGCUACUGCUUUACGCUGCGGAGCUUUGCGAAGCUUUAUGCAGAGCGUGCGCCGGUGGACGUGGAAGCGUUUGCGCAGCGGCUGUGGGGCCAGAUUUUCUACGAUGCCUCUUCACGAACGUUUUCACGCAAGGCGCCGCAUGCGGAUGCGCCACGGAGCUUUGUCCAGUUUGUGCUGGAGCCUCUGUACAAACUGUACAGUGUGGUGCUGAGUGCUGACGUCGACACGCUACGACGAACUCUUGCGACGCUGCGUAUGCAGCUGCCCUCGGCGGCGUACAAAAUGGAUGUGCGGCCCUUGCUGAAGUUGGUGCUGCAGCAGUUUGUUGGGCGAUCCACGGGCUUGGUCGAUAUGCUGGUUGAGCACAUUCCCAGUGCGCUGGACGGCGCCGCAGCGAAAGUGCGUACGUUGACAGGACCUAGCGAAAGCCGCCUGGCACAGGCUGUUAAGGCGUGUGAUGCACAGGGCCCGUUGUUGGUCCAAAUUGCAAAGCUGUUCCCUACGUCGGAUGCCUCGGCGUUCCGUGCGUGGGGCCGUGUGCUGAGCGGCACCGUGCAGCAAGGGCAGCGUAUCAAAGUGCUGGGCCCUUCGUACACGGCUGAUGACGAAGAGGAUAUGGCCUUGGAGACGGUCGACGGGGUAUGGGUCUCCGAGGCGCGGUAUGUGGUUGGAACGGACCGGGUGCCUGCGGGUAGCUGGGUCCUGUUGGGCGGCAUUGAUGCCUCGAUUACCAAGAGCGCGACCCUGGUCGACGCGACGUGGGCGGCCGAGGAGACGGCUCUGUUGCAGCCGCUGCAUCACAUGACCGAAAGUGUCCUGAAAGUCGCCAUUGAGCCUCUCCACCCAGCGGAGCUCCCGAAAAUGCUCGAAGGCCUACGCAGCGUGAACAAGACGUACCCUCUUGUCUCGACGCGCGUGGAAGAAAGUGGCGAGCAUACGCUGAUCGGUACAGGCGAGCUGUACUUGGACUGUGUGAUGCAUGACUUGCGGCAGUUGUAUGCGGACAUGGAAAUCAAGAUCAGUGAUCCUGUCGUCAAGUUCUGCGAGACAGUGCUGGAGACCAGCGCUGUGCAGUGCUAUGCGGACACGCCCAACAAGCAGAACCGAUUGACGGUGAUUGCCGAGCCUUUGGAAAAGGAGCUGGCGGACGAUAUUGAGCAGGGCCGUGUGGAUAUCGACCUGCCGCCCAAGCAGCUGGCGCGUGUGCUGCAAGACCGCUACGGCUGGGAUGCGCUCGCAGCGCGGUCCGUGUGGGCGUUUGGCCCCGAUGCGCAUGGCCCCAAUGUGUUGGUCGACGAUACGCUGCCGGACGACGUCGAUAAGACGCUGGUGUAUGCGGUGCGUGAGCACAUCAAGCAAGGAUUCCAAUGGGCCGCUCGCGAAGGUCCGCUGUGUGACGAGCCGAUGCGUGGCGUGAAAAUCCGGCUGUGUCAUGCCAACGUGGCCACCGAGCCGAUUCAGCGGGGCGGUGGUCAGCUGAUUCCUACGGCCCGCCGUGUGACGUACGCUGCGUUCCUCCUCGCGACGCCGCGGCUUAUGGAACCGAUUUACGCGGCGGAGAUCCAGGCGCCGGCCGAGUGCGUGAGCAGUGUGUACACCCUGCUAGCACGACGACGUGGCCACGUCGUGCAGGAUGCGCCGAAAGCAGGUACACCGCUCGUGACCGUGAAAGCGCUGAUCCCCGUGAUGGACGCCAACGGCUUCGAGACGGAUUUGCGUGUGAUGACGCAAGGCCAAGCGUUUGUUCUGCAGCAAUUUGAUCACUGGGCCGUGGUCCCAGGCGAUCCCAUGGACACCAGUGUACCACUCCGCCCUCUCGAGCCGGCGCCGCCGCUGGGCUUGGCACGUGAUUUCGUGCUGAAGAUGCGACGACGCAAAGGCCUGGGCGACGUGAUCUCCGUCUCGUCGUACCUCGAGAGCGAUAUGGCGGUGGCGCUAGCGCAGGCGGGCAUCGACGUGGCAGUGUAG